GUCAAGAAGCUGGAGAAAGACAAUGUGCGUGUUAUCAGCAAGGUAUUGCCUGGCACGCUCGCGGCGAAGUGGAACGAGAGUCCUCCACCAGGUUGCGAGGUCAGAGCUGGAGACACGCUGGUGAAGGUAAAUGGGAAACAGGGUCGGAUCGAGCUCCUCACGGUCGAGCUCAGCAAGAUGUACGUGGUGUGCGAGUUCCAGCCGCACGAGCCUCGAAAUUUAGAAGGAGCUGGAGGCAAGCAAGGCGACGAAGCCCCGAAGCCUUCUGCACCGGAACCUGCAGCUCCCGGAGCUGCAACGGCACUGGCGGCACCUGCUGCAGAUGCCGGAGCUCCGCUGGCAGUGGCGACACCUGCUGGAGCCGCGGCUGUGACACUGCCCGCUGCAGAAGCUGUAGCUCCGACAGCAGUGGCAAUACCGCCUCCUGCGGAAGCUACAGUGGCGAUGCCCGCGGCCGGCUCACCUCCGCCAGCGCAGCCCGCUGCGUCGCCCAAACCCGUCCCAGCUCCGGUCACAGAGGCCGACGCUCCAGAACCAGUGCUGGCAAAAGACCAGCCUCCCAGCCCCUCUGCGAAGGAUCUGCCCCCGAUGCCGGACGAAGCUCCGUUACCACCGCAGCUACCGCCGCAGCCGCUUGAGGCCGCGGCUGCGUGUGAUGCAGCGCCCAGCGCUUCGAGCUGUGUGGAGAUCCUGGAAAAUCCGUCGGAAACGCCGGAACUGGACCAUCCCUCCAACAAUUCCGCAGCAGAGCCGGCUGACAAUGCGGAGAUUGCGGAGCCCAAAGAGGCCCUGAGGGAGCCGGCAAACGCGGAGGCCGAGGCGAAGAACGAGAAGCCGCCGGCAGAGACGACGGAAAGUUUCUACGUCGUCGUGUUGCAGCGCGGGGCGACUUCCGAGAAGUGGGGCUUCCAAUGGGAUCGCCAGGCGAUGGACACACUGAAUGUCAAGGUGAUCGAGGGCAUCGCUCCCAACUCCUUGGCCUCGGAUUGGAACCGGCGCUUCCCGGACCGCGCGGCCCGGAAGGGGGACCAGCUGACGAAGGUCAACGGCCUUCGCGAUCCAGCAGGGAUGGCAGCUGAGAUGAAGCCGGGCCCCCAGUCGAUGGCCGAGAGGCCACUCUGGGUUGCCGCGCCACUGGUCGCCAGUCUGAGGUUAGAAGUUAUCGUGCCCAGCCUUUGGGCACACGCCGCCCAGCGAGCCAGCUUGCGCCGGACACCCGGAAAAGCCACAGCAGGCCAGCGUUUCCAAGAGUUGGGGCCCGAGCUCCGUGCCAAAGACUAUCGUGUGGAGCUGCAUUUUAUUCUGGGCAACCCAGUCGGAGCAUCUGUGGAUAAGGAAUCGGUGCACCAGGAGCGUGCCCAGUUCGGCGAUUUAGUCGUGCUGGGAGCUCCAGAGACCGACGAGGAGAUGCUACGGAAAUGCCGGGAACGCCAGGCGGUCUCGAUUCGAAACAAGCGAACAGCCAACUACAGUGCCCUUGACGCCAUGGCAGCAGAUGAGUCUGCAGUCGAUGACUCGCAGGGCGACAACCGCAGCAAGGAAGAGUUUCUGAAAGACUUCUUUCGCACCUUCAAGGCCGAUGAAGCUGCCAUCCGCGAUGCCCUGGCUGCCGUGGAUUCGGGUGGUGCCGCAGAGGUCCACGAAGCCCUGGAUGCCCUGCUGAGGCAGCAGCAAGCUCUAGAGGCUUCAUUUACGCGGCAAGCGCACAUCCUCCCGGCUUACGACGUGCAGCAGUACCGAUCCACGCUGAAGGCUUUGGCUGCGGAGAUCGCAACCAAGAGAGAGCUGCUUGCACCGCGAAAGAAGUUCUCCUUCAAGCGCCGCAACCCGGCCCCGGGGCCGGCACCCGCAGGUUACGGCGAUGUGGAUCCUGCUGCGAAGCCUGCAGACGGGCCCGCAAGCAGCGCAGCGAGCGGGCAAGAUGCUUUCCUCGGCGAGCGCAUCGCCGAGUUGAGCGGGGAGCGGAUUCUGCGAAAGCCAGGAGAUCUCGAGGGACGCGACGUGGCGCUCAGGGAUCUGCAAGAUUGCCGCAUAGUUCUCCUGGAUAGGAUUGGAGCGCUGCAUGUUCAGCAGCUGACACGCUGCGAGGUUGUGGUGGGAGCGGUCUCAUCCUCUGCGCUGAUUCACUUCUGCAAAGACUGCGUUUUCACCCUCGCGGUCAAGCAGCUUCGGCUUCACGACUCGGAGAACGUACUGCUCCAUCUUCACACGCUGUCUGGUCCGAUCAUUGAGACCUCGAAGAGGAUAACUUUCGCGCCGUGGGACAUCACCUGGGACGGAGGCGCAGACCUCCUGGCAGCUGCCUCUUUGGGAGAGUUCUCCGGCGAGGCAGGUGCAUGGAGCGAGGUCCAGGACUUCAACUGGCUCAAGCGACAGGCGUCGCCCAACUGGCGACUGGUCCCUGCAGAGAGGCGGAGAAAGCCGCUAAAACUGUGGAACACUGAGGAGGUGCUGGAACACUACAGCCAGCUUCCUCUACCGCCUGCUUUGCUGCCUGCCUGGAGUUUGGGAGCUCGGGAAGUCUUGACAGAUCAAGAAUGA